GUGUGACGCUCCCCCGCCCCACAGAUAAUGGUACGGCCCUGUGUUGAAAUUCCGAGAAUUGAGCUGCUCUGUUUCUUAGAACUGGAUUCUCAGAACUGGUGAUGCACAGAGUUUCGAGGAAACUUUCACAAGAUUUUGAAAGCAUGGCGACGACUACGGAUGACUGCAUCCAAUUCACCCGGCAUGCGUGCGAUGUAUUACUCAACUUCAACCGCCUUCGCAGCAGGAACAUCCUGACCGAUGUCACCAUACAGGUGGACGGACAGCAGUUUCGUGCUCAUAAGGCCAUCUUGGUGGCCUGCAGCGGCUUCUUUUAUUCUGUGUUCAUGGACCCCAAGAACAGAAACCUCAGUGCCAUAAGCUUAGACCCCAAAGUGGAUCCCAAGGGUUUCUCAAUCCUGCUGGACUUCAUGUACACAUCCUGUCUGAACCUGAAGGACAGUCUGGCCGUUGCCACUAUGAACACAGCGGUCUACCUCCAGAUGGAGCAUGUGGCCGACACCUGCCACAGGUUCAUCAAGUCCAGAAAUCAGACUCUCAGCAUGACACUUGAGGAGGUACAGAUGAACUCAUUAUGUCUGCCCGAGGAGAGGCCUACUGCUGAAAAAGAGCAAGACUUUAGAAACAUUCACACAUCAAACUCCUCCUACAUCCCCAAUGUCUUCAGGGGGAUCAACACUUCCGGCUCCUAUCACGUCUACGGGGACCCCCAGGUCCCUUCUGUACAGCUUGAAGGUCCCCAUAAGUCAAGCAACCUUACCAGAGGAGGGGCUCUGCCUCAGAAACAAUGCUCCCAGGUGGCUCCCAGUGAGGCCAACACCAGCAUCUCCGACCCUGUACCAUCCCGCCCCAGUUUCCCCACCACCAUCAUGAGACCAGCAGGAGCUCAAGAGAGCCUUCAAAGGCCUGCUACACCCAUGGAGAAAGACAGCAUUCAGCACCCACAAAGCAGCUGCCUCAGAUUGUCUCCAGGUUUUCUUAAAGGUGUGAUCAGUAGCCCUCAAAGCCCCCUGAGAUCUGACUGCCAGCCCAACUCACCAACUGAGUCCAACAGCAGCAGAAGCGCCACACUAAGCCUUAAUCAGUCGUCUGACUGUUCAAGCAACACCAAGGCUCGCAACUGGAAGAAGUACAAGCUGAUCGUUAUGAACCAAACACCUGACGAGAACGAGAAGGAGGUCCAGGGAGGCGACCCUGAAUCUGAAGCCAUCGCCAUGUCCCCCACGCUGAGCCCAUAUAGGAGAGAAGCUGAGGGAAACGGUGAUGUUCAGACAGAAGAGGGAGCCGGUGAGCACAGAGAGGAAAUCUUCAUGUUUCAGAGUUCAGACAGCUUCAGCAGUAGCCCCUGCAGCAGCCUCGGCCAGCGCAGAUGUUCCUCCUGUGGCUGUGACAGCCCUCGAUGCAUGGAUAUGGGUCAUCUCUCUCCCGACUCAUACAGCAGAGAGGAGGCCGCCAUAAUACACUCGCAGUGUUCCUCCUCCCCUGGUGAAAACAACACAUACUUCUGUAAUGGCUGUGACUCUAAGUUCUUAGAAGAGGACUCCCUCAAAGACCACAUGGUCCAGGUCCACAGCGAUAAGCCGUACAAGUGCGACUGCUGCCAGGCCGCCUUCCGCUACAAGGGCAACCUGGCCAGCCAUAAGACUGUUCACACUGGUGCGAAGCCAUACCACUGCAACAUCUGUGGUGCUCAGUUUAACCGACCAGCAAACCUCAAGACACACUCGCGCAUCCACUCUGGAGAGAAGCCUUACAAGUGUGAGACCUGCGGCUCCAGAUUUGUCCAGGUGGCCCAUCUUCGCGCUCAUGUGUUGAUCCACACCGGAGAGAAGCCGUAUCCGUGUGAGAUCUGUGGCACACACUUUCGUCACCUUCAGACGCUCAAGAGCCACAUGCGCAUUCAUACGGGAGAGAAGCCUUAUCAUUGUGAAAAAUGUGACCUCCACUUCAGACACAAGAGCCAGCUGAGGCUUCACCUCCGGCAGAAGCACGGCGCCGUCACCAACACCAAGGCCCAGUAUCGAAGGACUCCCAGUAACGUCCUCACAGGCCUGAUGAGCGCCUGCUGAAUUCCUCCUGUGUGUCAUUUGCCUUUUGCAUCGGCCGCCAUGUUGUCAAAAGAUUUUUAUGUUUUACAUAGAAAUACAUAAAUAUUAUAUAUAUGUAGUAUAUGCCUUUUAUGCAUUUGUAUAUGAUGCACAUGACUUAAUGUAAGCACUUUGGUAGUUCAAAGAUUGUUGACGUGUAUGCUAUGUGCACUGUGAAUGUCUAACAGAGUGCAUAUUGUGAAUGUGAAUAUGAGCAGGUAUCUCUGUUUGGCCAAUCACAUAUCAGUAUGUCAGCAUUGAAGGACAGUCCUCUUUCUCGGUCAGAUUGAGAAUCACUGUUCCGCUUCUGCUUUAUAGCUACUGGUGUGAAUUAACUAAGUUAUGUGCUCACUGUUCAUGUUUCCUUAGUUUAUUUUUGUAAAUAAGAUAAUAUAUAUUUUCAGAUUGCCGUCUGCUGGCAGAGUACAAAUAUAUUUACGCAGAGUUUUGUUUUUCUUACAUGCAGUUAAUAACACAAGGGCUUUUUAUUUUGUCUUUAAAAGUUUGUGGUACAUAUUGGAAUAUGAACAGAUUGUUCCCCUUUUAAAAAUGCUAUGUAAAUAUUUUAUUUUUUCAAGCAUUUCACUUGCUAUAUUCUUAUUUAUAUUCGUUUCUUUGCUUUAUUCUAACACAUUGUGGUGCUGGAAUGAUACAUCCACAGGGUCACUGAAGGUAUUUUAACUAACCGUAUGUAUUAUAGUGCACUUGUAUGAACCAGUAUAUUCACAGUGCCUUACAUUCACAUACUUCUCCCUGACAUGAAAAACGUUAGUGUUAUCAUGAUUUAUUUCACAUUCGGUACAUUGCCCUAAUAUCAUGUGCAGGUUUGUCAGGUACUGCUAAUCUUGUAGCUGAUGAUCUGUUUAAUGUAGCUCUUGAAAUGCAGAUACACCAGGCCCCAAGCUGAAAAAUGCUCAGGAAAAUAUGUCAGCAAAUGUCUUUGUAACUGCAGAGAAUAUAUAUAUAUAUAUAUAUAUAUAUAUAUAUGACAUGAAAAUAAAAUGUACACUAUGUUAUAA